UCUCUCUGCGCCAGCGACGUGUUCGAUCAAUUGCCUCCUCAACCACCGCCUCGCCAUGGUGCUGAAGAAAUCCACCGGCCGCUCUAGCGGCCACGCCUCGACGUCGUACGAUGCCUCCGCUGGCGGCGGCGCUGUGGCUGUGAGCGCGUAUGAGCAGAGGAUCCGUCGUAAUGCCGCCGUGCUCGAGAAGGUCGCCGUUUCGGUGCACGACAGCCUGGCGUCGACGCGGGAGGCGGCGCUGGCGGAGCUCAUCGCCGCGCUCGAGGGCUUCCUCUCCGCCGACGACGCGGAGGGUGGGCACACCGACGAGAUCCUGCGCGGCUGCUACGUCUCCAUCAAGAAGAGGGCCGCCAGGGAGGCCUGCGUGGCGCUCCGCGCCGUCGCGCUGCUCGCCGUCACGCUCGGCCCCGGCGCCACCUCGAAGAAGAUCGCGGCGGUGGAGACGGCGGCGAACCCGCUCGGCUCCGGCGCGAAUAAGAUCAUGAAGGCGACGUACCCGCUCGCCUCCCGGAUUCUCGAGGCGCCACAAGCCGACGCGUCCCUGGUGGUCGCCGCGCUCGAGUGCCUCGCCGUCGUCGCGUUCGUCGACGUCGCCGCGGAGAACAUGGACGACACGGAGGCGUGCAUGAACGCGCUGUGGGCGGUGAUCUGCCCGAGCGCGGGGCCCAAGCUCGCCAGCGCGGCGAAGGGGACGGCGAGCCCCCGCGUGCUGGCCGCCGCCGUGUCGGCGUGGACGCUCGUCCUGACCACCACCGGCGGGUGGAACAAGAAGAAGAAGGUGUCCCCCGCCGCGCCAUGGCGAGGCGCGGCGGCUCACGCGCACCUCGUCUCCCUCCUCGGCUCCGACAGCCGCGAGGUCCGGAUGGCCGCCGGCGAGGCGCUGGCCGUCGCCAUCGAGAUGAAGCUCUUCACCGAGAAAAACAAUGGCGCCCUCUUCUCCAAGAUGGAGGCCAGAGCUUCCGACCUCGCCAACGACGCCGCCGGAGCGGGCGUCGACAAGACCAACUUCGUCGAGCAGAAGGAGCUCUUCAAGGACAUCACGACGUUCCUCGCCGGCGGCAAGCCCCCGGUGAUCUCGGUCCGCACGUCGUCGUCCAACUACGGCCUCCUCACGACGUCGACAUGGACGGACAAUGUCCGGCUCAACUUCCUCCGGCGAUUCCUCGCCGGCGGCUUCCUGCACCACCUCCAGGGGAAGGGUCUGAUGGGCCAGGUGUUCGUCAUCGACGACGACGAGGUCACCGGGAAGCUGUCGGCGGCGAGGUCGAAGCGGAGCCUGAUGAAGGACACCCGCAUUGUGAAGGAGUUGAACGGCGGCCGUGGCGGCGGCGGCGGCGCCAUGGAUGAGAAGAAGGAGAAGAAGCAGGAGAUGAUCAAGAACUCGCUGGAGAAGAAGAGGACAGUUAAGAAGGAGCGGCUAAUAGCCCAUGAGCUCAAGCAUGGAUCAUCUGAUCUAUGAAACAAGGAAAGGAAUUAUGGAUAAUUUAAUUAGGGUUGCAUUUCAUAUAUAUGAUUUAUCUUUUUUAGGGUUUAUAGGGCAGUCUUUUAGGGUUAAUUACUAGAUGCAACGUACUGCUUGGUUUCCCUUUCAAUAUCACUAUGUUAUUUUCGUAUUAUUGUCAUGUUCAUUCAUGGUCCACAAUUGUACUUGGGAGUUACAUUCACCACGAUUCAAUCACGCUAAUUAG